AUGGCUGCCCCAGCGAAGAUUGACCGGCAAACAACCACACCUUUCUUAUUGCGCCUCUUCUUCAAGCAAGGAUCAUUCCACAGGUUAGAUGAGUUCGAUCCGACAUUACCACGUCUUCCAACAAAUGUCCAAAUCUACACAUGGCAAAGCUGCACUCUGCGCGAACUCUGUCAGCUUCUCCUUAGCGCAGUACCAUCAAUGUUACCACAACCAUAUGCUGGAUCUCGCAUCGCAUUCCGACUCGUAUACCCGGACAUUCAAGGCUCCAACCGACCAGGCGCACCAGGCCGGUUUAUAUCGCGAGACAUAGGCUCUGUCAUAGUAGGCGCUCCAUCAAGGAAUGAUGACGUUGACAUGGAAAUGAGUGAGGGAGGAAGUGUUGCGGAAGCUCUCAAGCAGCUGGACGGCGACCCCGACAGAACCCUUGCAGACGUCAAAUUCCUUAUUGGUGAUUAUAUCGCAUGUGCGAUCCUCCCACCAUUGCCCGACGGCGGCGUACCUGCCGCGCCGCCACCACUAUCUGGACCAGGAAGGGGGCCACCGGCAGGCUCGUAUGGUGGACGGGGUAGAGAAAAUGGCUUCGGCGGUCGAGGCGAUUGGGGUGGUUAUGGAAGAGGAGGAAGAGGCGGAGGCGGUAGAUUCGAUGACAGGAGGCUGAGUGGGGGAGGUGUACCAUCAGGCGAAUGGAGAAGAGGCGAAGCACCACCAGAGCGAGAGUCAGGCUUUGGAAGGGGAGGGAGAGGACGUGGAGGUGGGGAUGACUGGCGUGACCGGGGUAGAGGCAGAGGCCGCUGGUAG